AUGGAAAGCUCAGUAGUUAUCUACACUACUGAAGAAUUAAGAGAUCAAUGUUAUCCUAGUGAUAUUUCAAGUUUAUUAGGAUCUCUAAACACUUACAACUACCUUGUUCAAGUUACAAAUGACCUGCAUCAGAUUAACGAUAAAUUAUAUACUUACGACACAUAUUCUCAAGGAAAUCUAAUGGAAUUAAUGACAGAUCUCAUGGAAAGGAGAGACAGAGCAAGAAGAGUCUACAGACAGUACUAUAAUGUAGCAUACAUGGAUAAUGAAUCUGAUCACAAUAGCAUCUUGCAUAUUUACCAUCAUUCAGAAACAAUAUUAUCUGAAGAUGAAGAUGAAGAUGAAGAUCCAUACAAUCCAAUAUCAAUACAUCUAAUGAACUUACAAAAUGAAUUACAACGUACUAACUCUGUGAUGUCGUUGUACCCAAGAAGAGGAAGCUUAUACUAG